CGCACACGCACACGCGCACACACACACACCCCACAUCGCCGCAAACUGUUCACUGCACACACAUCACCUGUGGAAGACAUACUCAUUCCCGGUCCCAACCCCAAACAGACCCCGCCUCCUCGGCUGCUGCUGAGCCUAGACCAGCUCCUUUUACCACAUUCCCUUAACCUGCCGGUGCUGACAGGAAAAGACAUGGGGGCUCCUCCGCCCAAGGCAGAAGGGCCCUGGAUCCAACUCCAGAAGUUUCUGGCCUCCUGGCUGGUCAGAGAGCAAGACUGGGACCAGCUUCUGGACAAGGCCUAUAUGCAACAGCAGAAGAGGAUUCAAGAAUCUCAACUGCUUCGGGCAGCCAAGGAAAAUGACCUGUGCGUCCUGAAGAAACUUCUGCUGGACCAAGCCUGCGACUUUGGUCAAAGAGGAGCCCUGGGGGAGACAGCGCUGCACAUUGCUGCUCUCUAUGACAAUCUCGAGGCCGCCAUGGUGCUAAUGGAGGCUGCCCCAGAGCUGGUCAAGGAGCCCACCAUGUGUGAGCCAUUUGUAGGUCAGACUGCGCUGCACAUAGCCAUCAUGAACCAGAACGUGAACUUGGUGAAAGCCCUGCUUGCCCACGGGGCCAGCGUCUCUGCAAGAGCUACAGGCGCAGCUUUCCGCCACAGCGCCCGCAACCUCAUCUACUUUGGGGAGCACCCUCUGUCCUUUGCUGCCUGCGUGGGCAGCGAGGAGAUCGUGCGGCUGCUCAUUGAGCACGGAGCUGACAUCCGGGCCCAGGACUCCCUGGGAAACACUGUGCUGCACAUCCUGGUCCUCCAGCCCAACAAAACAUUUGCCUGCCAGAUGUACAACCUGCUGCUGUCCCACGAUGGGCACGGGGCCUGCCUGCCAGCCCUGGACCUCGUGCCCAACCACCAGGGUCUCACCCCCUUCAAGCUGGCCGGCGUGGAGGGCAACACCGUGAUGUUCCAGCACCUGAUGCAGAAGCGGAAGCACAUCCAGUGGACGUGCGGGCCACUGACCUCCACUCUCUACGACCUCACAGAAAUCGACUCCUGGGGAGAGAAGGUGUCCUUUCUGGAGCUCGUGGUCUCCUCCAGGAAGCGGGAGGCUCGCCAGAUCCUGAAACAAACCCCAGUGAAGCAGCUGGUGAAUCAGAAGUGGAAGAAACAUGGGCGGCCGUAUUUCUGUGUGCUGGGCGCCCUGUACGCGCUCUACAUGAUCUGUUUCACCACGUGCUGUGCCUACCGCCCCCUGAAGUUACGCAGUGGCAACCGCACAAAUCCGCGAGAUAGUACCAUCCUCGAACAGAAACUGCUACAGGAGGCCUACGUGACUCCACAGGAUAAAAUCCGACUAGUGGGGGAGCUGGUGACCAUCGUUGGGGCUGUGAUCGUCCUGCUGCUAGAGAUCCCAGACAUCUUCAGGGUUGGUGCCUCUCGCUACUUCGGACAGACUGUACUCGGGGGGCCAUUCCAUGUCAUCAUCAUCACCCACGCCUGCCUGGUGCUGGUGACCAUGGUGAUGCGCCUCUCCAGUGCCCCUGGGGAGGUGGUGCCCAUGUCCUUCGCGCUGGUGCUGGGCUGGUGCAGCGUCAUGUACUUUGCUCGAGGAUUCCAGAUGCUGGGCCCCUUCACCAUCAUGAUCCAGAAGAUGAUUUUUGGAGACCUAAUGCGUUUCUGCUGGCUGAUGGUUGUGGUUAUUCUGGGAUUUGCCUCAGCAUUCUAUAUCAUUUUCCAGACGGAGGACCCCACCAAUCUGGGGAAUUUCUAUGACUACCCCAUGGCUCUGUUCAGCACCUUCGAGCUUUUCCUCAGCAUCAUCGAUGGGCCCGCCAACUACAAUGUGAACUUGCCCUUCACGUUUGGCAUUGUCUACUUUGUCUUUGCCAUCAUUGCCACACUGCUUAUGCUCAACCUGUUCAUCGCCAUGAUGGGUGACACACACUGGAGGGUGGCCCACGAGCAGGACGAGCUAUGGAGGGCCCAGGUGGUGGCCACCACGGUGAUGCUGGAGAGGAAGCUGCCUUGCUUCCUGUGGCCUCGGUCUGGGAUCUGCGGGAAAGCCUAUGGGCUGGGGGACCACUGGUUCCUGCGAGUCGAGAACCACCAUGACCAGAAUCCUUUACGAGUGCUUCGUUAUGUGGAAGCCUUCAAGUGCUCGGACAAGGAGGAUGGACAGGAGUGUCUCUCGGAGAAACAGCCCUCUGUGGUUGAAAGUGGGACUCUAGCCAGAGCAUCCUUAGCUCCUCCAACUCCCUCCUUGUCCCGGACCACAUCCCACAGCAGCAGCAGUCACCGGGGCUGGGAAAUACUUCGUCGCAACACCCUGGGACACCUGAAUCCUGGGCUGGACCUUGGGCCAGACUUCUUAGGAGAAGACUCCAUUGUCUGCGGACCUCACACUGAGUCUUCCACCCAUUGUGACUUGACCUCGCCUCUCCAUUCUACUGGUAUCGCUCUCAUCAAGGUCAUCUCCCUGUGGCUAAGCCCACUGAGCAGUCUCUUCUCACUAGAGCUCUCUGUAGCGUUCAGAUCAUACUCGAGCUCUCUCCACCUCUCAGUGCAUCUAGAGCCAGACACUCCUACCACACUGUCUAUGUCCUUUCUACCAAUCCCUUAAAUAUUUUGGUUCACAAGGCUGUUUCCUCACCACCCUGGAGUCCCACCUACUUCUACAGAUUGUAUUAAUGUGCACCUGGCGCCGUGGUUACCCACUCCCUAUCUUCCGUUCAGAUCUGUCUCCUGAGCUCCAGGCCUGCCCAUCAUGGACGCCUCUCUGUUGGGUAGCUUCUGCCUGGGUAUUUAAGAGACACCUCCAACUCAACAUGUCCCAAACCAAACAGCAUUUUUUUCCUUACCAAACCUGCUCCUCCACUAACCAAGUAAUAGGCAAACCCACCUAAUCCAGAAUCCUGGGCCUCUCCUUAGCAAGUCUCUUCUAACUCUUGUAUCCAAUAAACCUCAAGUCUUGUGGAUUCUGUGCCUUAAGAUAUCUCCUUUGAAAAAGGAGUAAUUUCAGUUAGAUAAUACAUCACAUAGUACAAAAUUCAAAGAGGCCACAAGACCCAGGGAAAAAGCCUUCCCAUCUGUCCCAGCCCUGGCAGCAUUCUCCCCAGGGGCACACACUAAGAAAAGUUGGUUAUUUAUCCUUCCCAUAAUCCUCUAUGCAUUAUCCAAGCAUGUGUAUGUAUAAAUCCCUCUUAAAGACACAUAUAAUAGCACAGUUUAUUAGAAUAACCUUUUUUCACUCAAUGCAUUCUGACAACUGUUCCAUACCAAUGUAAAAUGAAACUAUCUUUCAUUUUUCUCUACCUUUCCAAGCCCCAUUGCUAUUCUUCUAGAAUGGGCUACUGUCAUCUCCCCCCUGCAGUACAGAAGUCGGUUUCUAGCUGCUCUCUGUGUACGCACCUUGGUCUUCUCCAGUCCAUAGCUCACACUGCAGCCAGAAUGAUCUCUGUGAGAUCCAACUCCUGCCUCCAGCCAUGGUCUUCCGGAGGCCGUCUGUCAGCCCCUGGCCACCUUGGCAGCCUCCUCACGCCCCUCCUCUCGCACUCCACUCGCCAAGCUGUAUUACCAUUACUUCCUGGGUAGAGCUAUGUUUUCCUUCUUCUGGGGCCUCACAUUUCCAGGCCUUGUUACUUCUCUGCACAGCAUUCACCCGUCCAUCAUUGUAACUUCUUUUCAUCAUGUUGGUCUCCACUUAACAAUCAUACGUUGGCUGUGUGCGUGCAUGUGUGUGCGUGCGUGCGUGUGUGUGUGUGUGUGUGUGUGUUGGGAGAAGGGGACAGGGGUAGGGGUCCUGACCCACAGGUUAAGUUAGAGGCCACCUGCUCUGUUUCCAGACCACCUAUAUUUGCUUUGUACACAUCCCGCACUUUGUUGAACUUGCUUGUGUAGAUGCCUGUCUUCCUCUGUGGCCUGUUAGCUCUGGAGGGCAAAGGUGGCACCUUCUUAUUCAUCGUCAUGUUCUCAGUAUUGGGCACAAAUCCUGGUACAAUGUGGCACCAA